AUGCUUUUCAAUACCUUUACCCUCGUGGCUUUCCUGGUGUCAGUGUCAGCAAGCCCAGUCACACCUGAAGAACAACUAGCACGGAUUCCUUUAGGCAGAUAUGACCAAUGGGUGGUGGGUGGGUGGAGAGCAUUCUGCGAUCAAACACAAGACAACUACUGUCAAUAUGGUUUGUGGCCCAUCUUUUGGCACAAGGAAAGCAAAAAUUAUUGGUACUUGUAAACUAACAUCAGUUUCAGAUUUCGAGAUCGUGGGAGGCGAAAUCAAGGGCCCUGACGUACACGUACCGGGCUUCAGGGCAACUUGUGGUGCUAUAUGGCAAAUCAAAAAAACUUUUUAUCCCAUGAAAUGCCAGAUCGGUGAAGAAACUCCUGGGAUUAGCAGCGGGAAUACCACUAGAAGCAUGAAUGUGAAGUUGCUUACACCGGAAGAUAAUCCAAAAGGUCUUCUCCAAGUUAGCUACAGCUUUGCGGAACCAGGUAGACCACCAAGGCAAGCAUUUUGUGAGUGACUCUUUGCUAGGAAAGUGGCUAAAGAUUUUUUCUAGUGAGUCUUUCAGUUUUAACUUAA